AUGGAUCCUACUCUUGAGGAUCUACGUCCAAAAUCGGAUGAUGGCAAGUUCCUUUCCCACUCUUACGAAGAGCGAUGGAGCCGCCUACAGCCGGUCAUUGUUGAGCUCUAUACGCGUAGACGUGGGGGAGAUGGGCGCUCAGCAACACUGGACCAGGUGGUCGAGUUCAUGAGGACUUAUUACUCCUUCCAUGCUGCCGCCACUGAAUACAGACGACGAUUCAAAGACUGGGGAGUUACCAAGCGUAUGGUGAAAGAGGACAAAGACGCCAUCACGAGUGCCCUCGCCAGGAAGAAACGCCCAGGAGCGAGCAUGUCUGCCGUUACCACCCAACACGAUGGCGAAUAUAAACCUCUCGUCUUUAAGAAGUUAAAGAGACAUUUGAUUAGCAGAAAAGCCUGCCUUCGAGUCGCGCCUGGUUUACUUUCUUCCUGGAAACUCCCAUACGUAGCAUUCGUUGCCUCCCUGCCCAAGAAUCCGGAGGCACCCUCCCCUUUUGGAAAUCUUGGAGCAACACCAAACUACUUGCACGUCCAAAGCCCUGAAACGCUCACACCUGGCCGUGCGACGGCUGGCGCAUCGCCAAGGAUGCAGCUUGUGUAUGAGAAGCACAAGGAGCAUUGCACGAGCCUUUUCCUGCAGGGGCGCCUUGAGCAACUCCUGAUUAGCCUUCCCCGAGAAGACCGCGUCGUAAUAUUUGAUUACUUCCAUGACUACUAUAUACACAGCUUCGCCUUGGCAAAGAAUUGGGGUCGGGAAGUCCCAAAUUCAACACAAGCAUUUGACCUCAUACCCCAGACACCAAUUACACACAGUCCGUGGACACCCUCGGCCUUUCUCAAUCUUUCUUCCGGGCCCUCUUCGCCUGAAAUCUCGAAUGCGACAAAUGUAUCCUUUCCACCGACACAGCUUUGCAACUGGUCCAUUCAUUCUUAUUAUGGGAAUGGCAAUUCCAUGGCGGUGACUACCUCGCCGGAUUCAAAAACAUCAACUGAUAUACAGCCAAGCUCAUUUGUGGUUUCUCUGCAUCAGUCCAUGGUGUUGAGCAACUUCACUACUAUACCGAAAUCAGAUCUUCCUCUGGCCCAUGACUUGAUCACGAGGUCCCUCGAAGAGCACCCAGCUACUCUCCAGUUAGAAGCCUGGAAGCUAGCCAUAAUGGCAGGGAACAGGGAGCUUUUGGACCAGCUUUGUGAAGAGAACGGCUUCGAUCCACCAGAAGGAAUCGAGGCUCUCCAUCCUUUCCACCUUGCGGCUGCAUACCUGGAUGGUGGCAACCAGUGCUGCGGGGUUUUCACUGUUUUUUUUCAGAUUGUUUCCCCAACCUUUGCCUUUUAUCAUAACAUUGAUGACCAUGGGCAUACAAUUCUUGAUGCACUUAUAGUGACCGUACUUCGCUCCCAUACCAACAUUCAACCAGACGAUGUGAGCUACGGAUUUCAUUCGCCCACUGUAUUUCCUGGAGAAGAAAGCGAUGUAUGCGGCAGAUGGGACUCAGAAACCCCUACUGUUCGUGAGCUCUUUAGACAGGGAUAUGCUCGGAUCCCUACGAAAUGGAAGCAUCCCUUCUGCCACACAGCCGUGCAAGCGGUUUGCCACAGUCUUGUUGCCAUCUUUGCCUCGCCUGCAUCGCCAAACAUUCACACGCAGAGUGGCUUAUUUGUACGACGUUGUACAACAUGUGGUCUAGAGCUCAAGCUCAGGCCUCUCCAUACCAUUGUGGUUGUAGCCUUCUACCUGGCUCAGCUGGGCAUGCCCGGAGAAACGUUGUUUGGAGCACUUGCGAUGAUGACAUGCCUCAUUGCCCUUGGAGCGGACGUUUCGACCAAGGCAGAUAUUUCUGUGGAAGAGAUACUCAGAUCUUCAGACGCAGGGGAGUGCCGUCACAAGAUGUUGUCACCACUUGAGCUCAUCAAGGCUAUCCCUGGAGGUGUCAUUGAAGCUUGGAGUGAGAGUUGCCGGAUUGGCUGGGGCUGUCUCACUGAAACAUUAGUCCUUGUCGUAUUGGAACGGGAGCAAGAAAGAAGCUCCCGCUCGCAAGGGUCGAUGGGUCCACUAGGACACAAGUGGCCAGGUACUUUAGCAUCAAGCCUUAGCGACUCCUUGGCCGAUGAAUCCUGCUGGGUGAUGUUCCAAGAGGAGUGUCAUGACAACUGGCUCAAGCUUCCAUGCAGCGGCCAACGGAUUGGCCUUCUCUGGGCCUCAAUUCAGACUGAGGUACUGACGUACCGGAGGAUCAGGGAAGGAGACUCUUGGAUAUCCGAGAACUUCUCCAUGAAAGCGCUAAAGGCUUGGCUCGAGGCAGAAGACACAGAACUGUCAAUGCCUCUUGUCCAAAAACGGAUGUUCAAGGUCCAUACGCGUUGUGGAUGGUUUGGCAAAGCCAUGGAAUUUCUCUGCCCCACUGCCGAGGACGUCUGUAGAAAGCACUUCAUGAACAUGGACAUCGAUAGUAAGACAUCAUACAUUGAGCAGCCUGACCUCCAAGGAGCCUUUGAGAGUCUGGAACAGGUAGAAGAUGGAAAAGAAUGA